AAUUAUCUUUGUUUAAAGUCCACAAUCCAUGAUUGAUGUACAUGUAGUUUGCCGUAUCAGUGGCACCGUGGUGUAAUUGCCACAAAGUGUCAAACAAGGGCUACCGUACUUCAUGAUAAACAAUGUGUUAAUGUGAUGUGAAAUUAGAAUUGGUGAAGGGUGAGCAUAAGGAGAUAGUAUUGGCUGUUAGAACACACUAGUGAUAUCAACAUAUGACUAUUCUCUAUUCAAAUUGCAAUGGAUGACGCCAUUGGACAUCUACAUAUCUAUGUCAAAACAACCAUAUUUGUGUUAACAACGCUAGAAUGUGGUGUACAGGGAGCUGGACAUAAUCAAUCUCCUGUAUACAGAUUCCCUGUCACGAGAGUAUCAGCGUGUCCUCAAGACAGCACUGCAUGGAAGCUUGCCUCCGAACGACGAAACUGUACACAAGACGAAUCUUCCAGGAACAGAUAUAUAUGUGUGCCAAAUGAGAAUAAAACACAUCUUCUGGAAUUCUGCUAUGAUCAAAUACGACCAAGAGUUCAAGAAGGUAAUUGUCUUGAGUUGAGAGGAAAAGGGAUCCUAAAUCAAAUCAAAUGUCACAGAUUCAAAGAUGGUUGUCCGCAAAUAUCUUAUUUUGCAGACGAAAUAUAUACUUAUCCAGAGUGUUUGAACAUAGACAUAAAAUUGAGGUGUUUCAUUGCCGAUCCGGAAUGCAAACCAUCACCAAGGAUGACGAACAGGGAUGAAUCACAAGAAAAUACCAUCAUUAACCUUACUCAUCAUGUAACGUCGGACAUGACUAGCAGCAUCAUUCUAGUAAUUGUUAUUGGAUUUUUCAUUGUGUAUUUCGCACAUCGAAUGUGGAGAAGGCUUAAAAAAGGACAAGUCAACACUCAGGAAACGACAGUCUUACUGGAAGAUGUCCAGGAGCCGAAAAGUGAUACCAUACAGCACGCUAAAAGAUGCACUCCAGUCCUUAUAUCAGCUGCAAAUGAUGGAAAUUUGAACUUGGUCAGAUCGCUCCUAAAGGAAGGUUCAAAUGUAAACAUAUGUGAUGAAUACAAACAAACUGCUCUCCACUUAGCUGCCCUUUCAGGACAUCUACAAAUCGUAAAGGAAUUAAUAGAUAAUGGAGCAGAGGUCGAUGUUGAAGACCAAGACAAAAAUACUCCUUUAAUUUUUGCAGCUCGUCAGAAGUAUUUUGAAAUUGUUCAAGAACUAAUUAACCAUGGAGCCAAUGUAAACGCAUCCAAUAACUCCAAGAAAACGCCUCUUUACUGUGCUGCAAAAAGAGGAUAUUACAGUAUAGUCGAAUAUCUACUACAAUAAGGUGCAGAUGUUAACUACUGUACAGCCAAAAAUAGAUCGCCUCUUUUUCGAGCAGCUAAGCGAAAUCAUUACGACGUAGUUUUAUGUUUGACUAAUCAUGGAGCAGAUGUCAAUAUCCGUGAUUUUGAAAAAGAAUCGGCAUUAAGUCACGCUGUCCAAAAGGGGCAUGUGGAAAUAGCCCAAGAACUUCGUAACAAAGGGGCCAUAUUUGAUGACUAAGACAUUAGAAUGUAUAGUUUUAAUCUGUCAGUCAAUUCUUGUUGUAACUAUACUGAAAACGAAAGUAUAAUAUUCUUCAAAUAUACCCUCUCCCAGUUAUAGUUUAGAAGUAAAACAACAGUAACAAAAGUACUCUGUGCUUUCUGUUUAACCUUUCAUCUGCUAAACACACUCUGUUUGCCAAAUUCAUCGUGAUGCUGCAAUGUAACUGUAUGAAUUAAAUUUCGUUUUUACGAUAUCAAUUGUACAAAUAGUUCCCAAAAACAUCAUAGAAAGCAUGGUUUUUUUUUUGGGGGGGGUGCAUCUUUUUUAAAUAUUUCUCCCUUGAUUUAAACGCAUAACAAGAUAUAUAUCACCUUUGAUUUUUAAGUUGGAAGAUGGUCGAACUACCAUGAAUCAACUUAAUUUUCCCCGGUUUGUUUGUCUGAGCAUGUCCAGUUUCACUUUAGAUUGAAAGAAAAAUAAUCUCUCGAUUCACUGACGAGUCGUUUUUUUUUCCCGAAGAUUCGUCACUUGCAGCACCUGGCGUGAAAUUCCACGGAUUGAUUAAAUUUCCCUCAGAAACCGUGGUUGUCUCUCUGAACAUGCCUAUGUCAUAUGAAUUUCACAACGAAGAGUUUCUACGGUCAACUUGUGUUUGUACGAAUAAAUUUAAAGAGUGGAAAUGAAAGACAUUAUGUAGAACAACAAUGAAGAGAUGUAUUAAUCUCUGUCCGCAAAUAAUAGCAAAUCACAAAUACCUCCAGUAUUAAGAAUGUAUAACACACCUUAUAAAAUUGUUAUAGGUGAAAAUUAAGUAUAUAUGUUAAGGAUGUAUAACACAUCUUAUGGAUAUAUGUAGUAUCCUAUUGAAAUUUCCUUGCAGCAUCACGAGAAAAACACUUGCAUGCAUCGACUUCAUGAGCUUAAGUACAUAUUACCAGUUCAAUGCUUUGAAAACCCUCUUAUCAAUAAAAUAUUUAAUUGUAAUUAUCUAAUUAUGUAAUUUUAUGUAUAUGGAAUAUAUGUGAUUUACGUCCUUCCAAAGUAUACUUAUUAGUCCUUAAUCGAUUAGUGUGUUGUUACAGAAAUGACAAGUGUUAUAGGAAAGGUGAAGAUAACGAACAGUGAACAAUCUCAUAACGCCUAUAAACUACACAAAAUAGAAAGUUGAGCAAACACAGAGCCCUGGACACACCAGAGGUGGGAUCAGGUGUCAGGUGUUAUAGACAAUUUUAUUUUACACAUAAUAGAUGCAUUUUAUAUAAAUAAAGUUUGCGUACGUUUUUAUCUCGUUCAUAUUGCGGUACCCAUUAACACUUACUUAUCACAAUAUAGCGGUAAAACCAUGCAUCUCUACAUAUGUUAUGUACAACGUAUGUAAAAAGCAUGAGUGGGCGUGUUUGAUCGAAGGGACUGAUUCGAUAGCAGUCAUGUCUGGCCCUGACAAUUACAUAUUCUUUGACUGAUUAAUUCAUUGUAUCUCACGUUGUUUAACGUCUCGCUCGAGAAUUGUUCAUUCAUAUGGAGACGUCAUCAAGACCGGUGAAGGGCUUCAAAUUUAGGCCUAUGCUCGGCGCUUAUGGCCAUUGAGCAGUGAGGGUUCUUUAGUGUGCCACACCUACUUUGACACGGGUCAUCCGUUUUUAAGGUCAUCUCCGAGGACAUUCACAUAUGAUCCCGAGCGUUUGGCGAUGGAACUGUCACUACCUGUUUUAACAAAUUGGGUCUGUAACGGCCGGGAUUCGAACCUCGGCCUUGUUACGGCACAUUUGGUCGUUUUGGCACGUUUGGUCGUUUUGGCACAUUUGGUCGCCGGCGACCAUUCGUGCCGCACGUAUCGUCGCCGGGCGACCGAACGUGCCGUGGGGGUGGACACGAUUUGUCGCCAAUUUUAGGCCAUACCCGAGCACGAAUAGUCGCCACCCAAGCUCCAAUUCCAAAACCCCAAAUUUGUUUUUCUCUCCCUCCUCCCCCUCUUCCUCCUCCAGUACCUAUUCUCCUUCCUUCUCUUUCUCAUUUCUAAUCCUCCUCCACCUUCUCCACAUCCGUCUCCAUUUCAUCUGGUUUGAUCAAACCGAACGAGCCUUUUGAAUUUGGCUGGUAAUAGCUAAAAGGGGGAUAUGACGCUUUACAAUAGCCUUCGAUUAACAAUCAGAUGCUAAUGAAUGCUCCCUAGAAAAAUCCGUUUCGAAACAGCUCUUCAAACCUUUGACAUGUUUCAAGUGUGCAGAGAAUCUUGCAUUUCAUUAAUGUGGCGCAAAGGGGUAGGACUACAAGAGGAGAGAGUGCACGAAACAUGGCAUGGAUAUACCCACAAAACUGUAGUAUUCCUCCACAAACGCCUACUUUUCAACAAUUCAGAAUUGACCCCGCACUGCCCCUGCAUGCAAUCUUUCUCUCCCUCUCUCACACACACUCACGCAAACACAGUCUCUCUCUCUCUCUCUCUCUCUCUCUCUCUCUCUCUCUCUCUCUUGCACACCAAAUUAUAAAACAGAGAGAAAGAAAUAAUGGUUCUAUUUUGAGAGAGUCAAUUUCAUGUAUGAAUAGUGCUUCAUACCUAUGAAGUUGCAAAUUGAUAGAUUUGCUUACUUCACCUGUUCAAUUUGAUGCGUACUUUGUAAAAGUACCAAUUCUGUAGCUAUUUCGUACAUUUUACUCCAUGCUUAUCGCUUGUACAGUAGUUGGCUUAAAGUCCUUUUUUUAUGUUGUUCAUUAUGUACUGAUGAAUUUCUUUUUUUACAUUAAGUUAACAAAUAUAGGUGGUAAAAUGAUGUUCAUGAAUAUUAUGUUCACUAAAAUUAAAACUGCACGCAGUGUUGUUUAUGCCGAAUCUAAAGAUUUCAUUUUCUUAUCAAACCAUGACAAAAGGUAGUACUUGCUUGUAUUUCACUCUGUGUGCUCACGUGUAUUUGUAUGUGUGAUUGCGAACUCAUACUUUUCAGGAUGUAUGUCACGACAUAUUUAUAUUUAUUACUUUAUAAAUGUAUCUUAUACAAUC